CACGUGGCGCCUAUCAUGGCGGCCUCCUUGGCCGCAAAGGGCGGCGCUGGCGUCUCCCGGUGCGCGGGGCGCCGUCGGGUCCUGGCGGCGGCGGCUGGCCGGCUCCUUCCCCGGGGCUUCCGCACUGCAGUGACCUUUCAAGCAGAAGAUGAGAACUCUGCUGCAGAAGUAGUGAACGUGGUGUUUAUAGACCGGUCUGGGCAAAGGAUCCCAGUGCAAGGCAGAAUUGGGGAUGAUGUGCUGCGCUUGGCUCAGAAACAUGGCAUUGAGCUAGAAGGUGCCUGUGAAGCUUCCCUAGCCUGUUCCACUUGUCACGUCUAUGUGAGCCGUGAUGUUGUAGACAAGCUCCCCCAGCCUGAUGAACGGGAGGAGGAUAUGUUAGACAUGGCACCACUGCUUCAGGAGAACUCUCGCCUUGGCUGCCAGAUUAUCCUCGACAAAGAAUUGGAAGGAGCAGAGUUCACCCUCCCCAAGAUCACUCGGAACUUUUAUGUGGACGGGCAUGUCCCCAAACCCCACUGAGUGCAAUGGGGCCAAAGGCUGGACCAAUCUCCAAAGCAGCCGUCAGAGAGCAAGACAGCAAUGCGGUCAAAGCAUGCAUGAUGCUUUUAAAAAUAAAAUUGUGUUCUAUGAACAAAAGACUGAUGCAAAGAAAAGAAAUUUGUAUCUGCCAGAGAGCUUUCUGCCUCUCUGAACCUCCCUUAAGCUAUUGCUUAACUGCAUUCAUGGCUUGAGAAGGAUGUCGGGAGAUGUACCUCCCCCAACCUAGAAGAACUUUCCCAAGUCCUGUGGGCAGCACAGUGGGAAAUGUUUCAAGGGGAGAAGAAAGGAUCCUGCACAGUAGCACCACUAUUUUAUGAUGGGCACAGCAAGUACUGGCUUCAUGGAAGGAAAGCGAGGGAGGAGGGGAGUGGGUUACCCUCCACAAACACUUUGGUUGUGUUCUUUCUCUCUGUUUCUGUGUUUUCUCUUGCUGCACAAGCAAGUGCAUUAAUUUUCAUCGGGGACUUCUUGCCUCUCACCUGCCAUUCGACUGCUGAGAAGAUCAGUCGCCAGCAUCGUUUAUAGCACCCAAUAAGCUGAGAGGAGGAUGGCACUCGCCCCACACCUCCUCUGGUUUUUAUCAGUAAAAAAA